GCUACUGGGACUGCACUUCCUGGAUUUCGGCUAGCCAUUGCGCGCACCCAUGUCCCAUCGACGCGACGGAGUUCGUGUGGAGAAGAACAAGAGCCUGUCCAUAAUAUAUACCAUUUGCUCAUAUUAAGUCUUAUCUUAGGCUAGAUAAAUUUAACGCGUUAUCCAGUAGAGAAACAGGAGAGACAUCGAUGCGCUUUGAUUUCCGUCUACGUAAGACGGUUCGGGACAGCGGCGUUCUGGUCCGAUUCAAACAGGUGGAACACGAAUCAGGUGGAGUUGGGAGGAGGAGGGUAUCACGACAGACCGGGCUGCUAUAGCCAUUCCUUCUAAUUAGUUGUGGACCCGUGCUAAAAUAUGCACUCCUUAUUCUAGCCUUACUUAACGUCAAAUAGGCUACCACGUUGUGUUGUAUGUGAUAUUCAAACGGCGAAUCUUUAUAGAUUGGAGACCUUUAACACACAGGUGGGAGAUACCCGUUUAAUAGGACGGCCCCUCUUUCAGUUCCUCAGCGCAGGAUAUGAGCUACUGACAUUUGUUAUUACCCUUUGGGACAGGAGACGAACGGUUUCCGCUAACAGGUGUGAGAGCACACCCAUCGUCAUUGCCUGAUACGGAAUCCUUCCUCAUUGCUCGCAGAAAUAUAAAUCUAACUCGUAUAUGGCUCCCCUUCUAGCCAGGAGAGGGACAUUUAACAGUUAAUUGAAAUAAAUCGAUAAAUCGAAUAAAAUAGUGUAUUAUUAGUGUUGAGUUAUUUUUGAGACCCAGUCCUCCUAUCUAAAGGGACACGGGACAUCAGAGAGAAAUCAUGUCAACGAAAAAAAACUGCGUGGAUUUACCCAAAAGGAGCAGAAGCCCGGUGGUGUUAGAAGGAGAGAUGUUCGGCGAAUUUCAGGACUGGUGUCUCCGUACUUACGGGGACUCUGGUAAAACAAAGACAGUCACCCGGCGAAAAUACAAUAAGAUUCUCCAGACCCUUUCAKACACCGAUGAGUCGGACCCUGUCUACAUCGAGAGCAACCACAUCAACGCCAAAUUCAAAUUCUGGGUGAAGUCCAAAGGGUUCCUUGUUGGGACAAUUCAAGGGGACCAGAACAAGAAUGGAGCCGCCGACAGACCUGUCCUGUAUGUCCCCAUCAAGGCGACGUGUGCGGAUGGGGGCUCUGGGUCCGACUCCUCUCUGAAGAGGGUGGCAGUGGUGGAGGACUUCUUUGACAUCAUCUAUGCCAUGCACGUAGAUAUCAGCGCCGACCCCGGCAAAUCACCCAAACACGCCGGACAGAAGAAGACCUACAAAGCGAUUGCGGAGACGUAUGCCUUCCUGCCCAGGGAGGCAGUGACCCGUUUCCUGAUGAACUGUGGCGAGUGUCAGAAGAGGAUGCAUAUCAGCCCGGGUGGAGCAGAGUUCAAAGAGAAUGACAGACCGACAUCACUGGUGCCGGAUCUCAUCGACUACAACAUGCCGCUCACCACGACCUAUCUGAAGCAGAUGAAGCUUCAGUACAUGAGUACAAAUGAGCAGGAUGAGAGUUCAGUGAGCAGUGAGGACUUUGAUAUGACCGACCCCACAUGGACAUCAGCUGAUCACGGCCCUGCUUCCGACCUGAGUCCCCCGAACCGCGGAGAGAGAAUGCACAGCCCUCAGAACUCGCACAUUAAGGAGGAGGACGACGACUCAUCCUCAGAGAGCGGCAGCGGGAACGGCAUGCACACCAUGACACCUCCGUCUGCGGGUGGAGCGGCCCUGGGGUCGGAGGGGGGAGCGGGCGGACCCCCUUACAGGGAGGUGGUAAACGGCAAUGGGCCCCCGGCCCCGCUGGACUUCAGCACCACCUCCUCGUCCUCAUCGUCCGAGGACCAACAGGCGCCGGUCAACCUGAGUGAGACCAGGCUGCCCGGGACUGCCCUGAUGGGCCCCUUCCAGCCCGACCCCCCAGAUGAGCUGCGCAGGAAGUACCCUGUCAAGCCCCUCCCCCAUGCCGCUGAGCUGCGCCUGGACAGAGACUCGAUCAGGGACUACGGCAACAAGUCUCCUCAGUACAGCUCAGGAAGCUACGACUCAUUGAAGAUGGAGACAUGUGCCGAGGACCUGACCGUGACCAGAGGUGCGGCGGCGGCCGAGGACGAUGACGAUGACCAUGAAGAUCACGACGACAGUGACAAGAUCAACGACACGGAGGGCGUGGACCCCGAGAGAUUAAAGGCCUUUAACAUGUUUGUMCGUCUGUUUGUGGAUGAGAACCUGGACCGUAUGGUGCCCAUCUCCAAGCAGCCCAAGGAGAAGAUCCAGGCCAUCAUUGAGUCGUGCAGCCGCCAGUUCCCCGAGUUCCAGGAGCGCGCUCGCAAACGCAUCCGCACCUACCUCAAAUCCUGCCGCCGCAUGAAGAAGAGCGGCAUGGAGACACGACCCACACCACCUCACCUCACCUCAGCCAUGGCUGAGAACAUCCUGGCAGCCGCCUGCGAGAGCGAGACACGCAAGGCUGCCAAGAGGAUGCGCCUGGAUGUCUACCAGGCACAUGAGGAGCAGAUAGCACUUGACAAGCCCAGUUCUCGCGAGCCGGCCUCCCUGGCCCACUCUGCCUACUCCCUGGCCGCCUCGGCCUACUCCCAGGACCAGCUCUACACCAACGGUGGGCUCAACAAUAGUUACCGUGGUUACGGGGGUCUGGGAGCUAGCAUGCAACACCCAGUCUCCCUGACAACCGCCACUGCUCAGAGCAACGGCCCUACUGACCUCAGCAUGAAGUCCCUGGGGUCAAACUCUUCAUCGGCAAGCUCAAACAGUCACGGGCGGAGUGCUGGUGUCAUAGGUGGCGGGGCCUCGGCGCAGCUCAGCCCAACAGAGAUCACGGCCGUGCGGCAGCUCAUCGCCGGCUACCGCGAGUCGGCCGCCUUCUUGCUCCGCUCGGCCGACGAGCUGGAGACCCUGAUCCUGCAGCAAAACUGAGCCGGAAACUCCUCCUCCCC